AUGAGCCCUUCGAUUGAAAAUGGCAAGGCCAGCGUGGACACGGUACAACUUGAGAUUGUGCAGGACGCCGCUGCUCAACUUCAUCAGGCCCACUAUGUCCCGCAGACAGAAGAUGAGAAGAAACUGAAUCGGAGAGUCAAUCGCAAAUUGGAUCUCAUUGUUGUCACUUUGUUGGCUAUUGAGUUCAUUUUUUGCGGUAUUGACAAGACCAAUGUUGGCUUCGUUGCAACCAGCUCGUUCAUUAAGGAUGCAAAUUUGAAACCGGAUGACAUUCCCAACUCAUUGUCAUUAUUCUCAGCUACCUACGUUCCAUUACAACCUUUCAUGGUCAUUUUGGCCCGACGAGUUGGCGUGAAGUACUUCCUAGGAUUUCAACUCAUGCUGUGGGGUGGUCUAUGCAUGUGCCAUGCUGCGAUCAAGGGAAGCGGAUCACUCAUUGCCCUGCGACUGUUAAUCGGUGCUGCCGAGGCAGGUUUCACGCAGAUCGGUAUGUACUAUAUGUCCACACUCUACCCAAAGUACGAUGUUGGGUUCAGGGUGGGAUGUUUCACAGGCAUGUAUUCGGUUGCAGGAGCCUUUGCUGGAGUUCUCGCCUAUGGACUCCUUAGGAUCAACUCGAGCGUCCUCCACGGAUGGCAAGUCGUAUUCAUCUUCGAAGGUGCCAUCACCGUUUUCCUCGGAAUCAUAACGUUCUUUGUCCUGCCUAAAAACAUCUCGAGCGCGUGGUUCCUUACUCCCGAAGAGCGCGCUCAUGCGAUUCGCCGAAUGGAGAUCGACCUGGCCGGAACGCAAGAAGAAGGUGAUAUCAACAAUACUUCUCUCGUCAAGCGAGAUCUCAUUGACGUCGCGAAAGACUGGAAAAAGCUCUUGACUGUGAUUUGCAACAUUACGACUGUCCUUCCUGUCACUGCUUUUACGACAUUCCUGCCAUUGAUCGUCCAGGGGAUGGGAUACAGAGGUAUUCAGGCGACGCUCAUGAGUGUUUCGCCUUUCGUUGUCGGCACCAUCGGCCUGCUUAUGAUCGUGUAUUCCAGCGAUCAUUUUAGAGAGCGAUCGUUACAUACUGUUGGUGGUAUGUGCCUUGGCAUAGUUGGAUGCAUUGUAAUGGCCACCUCGACAGACAAAGAUCUCCGUUACGGUUUUGCUCACGUCUGUAUGGCUGGUGUCUUCGUCGGUGGCCCCCUUCUUGCCGUGUGGCUGGCGGGCAAUACUCCGUGGAAAGGGACUCGAAGUGUCGUGAUGGGCGUCAAUGGAUGGUCAAACAUCGCUGGUGUCAUUGCUGGACAAAUAUUCAAGCACAAAUAUGCACCUAGAUAUGAAGUUCCUCUCAUCAUCACCAUGGUCAUCAUGGCUAGUGGAAUUUGCGGUCUCGUAUUCCUCAAGAUCAUGUACAAGUUGGAGAACAAGAAGAGGGCAGCUAUAAUUUCGAACUGGGACGAGAACGACUUUGCGGCCGAAGCAUUGUCUGAAGAAAGGAGGGGUGAUCAAAGACGUACUUUCAUGUAUGGCACAUAG